CACACAGCAUUGCAUGCAGAGAUAGAGAGACGGUGCUAGACCGACACAAAGAGAGAGAGAGGAGACUGACAGUGCUCCAGACUGUGUGAAAGUAACGCGCCUGUUUUGGGAUAUUACAGAAACUACAGAUGAACACAAACUGUCUGCGCUUUAGCAUGAGUUCAGCAGCAUUUCUGGAUUAACCGGACUUGCAGCCUACUUGCAAAGUGCAAGUUCGCUGCCACUUUAUCGAGGACGGAACGCGCACAGAAAACAACGAUGGAGAAGAGCAUCCCGGGAUGGUGCUGCGUGCUGUUGACUCUCGUCCUGCACGGAACGAGCUGCAUGGCUGCUAAAGAGCUCCAGUGCCAGGAGAUCUCCGUGCCUCUGUGCAAGGGAAUCGGCUACAAUUACACCUACAUGCCCAACCAGUUUAACCACGACACGCAGGACGAAGCCGGCUUGGAGGUGCACCAGUUCUGGCCACUGGUAGAGAUCAAGUGCUCCGAUGACCUGCGCUUUUUCCUCUGCAGCAUGUACACUCCAAUCUGCCUGGAGGACUACAAGAAGCCUCUUCCUCCCUGCAGGAGCGUGUGUGAGCGGGCUAAAGCUGGCUGCGCUCCGCUCAUGAGGCAGUACGGCUUCCCCUGGCCGGACCGGAUGAGGUGCGACCUGCUGCCCGAGCAAGGCAACCAGGACACGCUGUGCAUGGACUACAACCGGAGCCAGACAACAACUGCGUCUCCUGUGGUGGCAAAGCCGACCAACCGCCCCCUGAAGCCCUACAACCCCAGGAAGAAAAGCAACAUCGGCCGGGGGAUCCCCGGGAAACACAAACCAGCCACAUCUCCAUGUGAGCCGGGAUGCUUCUGCCGCGCGCCCAUGGUGCCGAUGACCAGUGACGGCCACCCGCUGCACAACCGCGUCAAGACGGGACAGAUCCUGAACUGCGCCAUGCCAUGUCACAAUCCGUACUUUACCCAGGAAGAGAGGACUUUUACCGCCUUCUGGAUCGGCCUCUGGUCCGUCCUGUGUUUCAUCUCCACUUUUGCAACUGUGGCGACUUUUUUAAUCGACAUGGAGAGGUUUAAGUACCCAGAGCGCCCCAUCAUCUUCCUCUCCGCAUGCUACAUGUUUGUGUCCAUAGGAUACAUUGUCAGACUGGUUGCCGGACACGAGGAAGUGGCAUGCAACAGGGAAAACGGCGCAGAUCACAUCCACUAUGAAACCACAGGUCCUGCGCUCUGCACCAUCGUCUUCCUGCUGAUUUACUUCUUCGGCAUGGCCAGCUCGAUCUGGUGGGUGAUUCUCUCCCUCACCUGGUUUCUCGCUGCAGGUAUGAAAUGGGGGAAUGAGGCCAUCGCCAGUUACGCACAGUACUUUCAUUUAGCAGCCUGGCUAAUCCCCAGCUUGAAAUCUAUCGCAGUUUUGGCGUUAAGCUCUGUGGACGGAGACUCUGUUGCUGGUAUUUGCUACGUUGGCAACCAGAACUUGGAUAACCUGCGCGGUUUUGUGUUGGCACCGCUUGUUAUCUACCUGUUCAUCGGCACCAUGUUCCUCCUGGCCGGGUUUGUGUCUUUGUUCCGGAUCAGGAGUGUCAUCAAGCAAGGUGGCACCAAGACUGACAAGCUUGAGCGGCUCAUGAUCCGGAUAGGAGUUUUCACAGUUUUGUACACCGUCCCAGCAACUGUCAUAGUAGCGUGUUACUUUUACGAGCAGCACAACAGACAGACGUGGGAAAUUACGCACAACUGCACGUGCAUGAGUGACCCGAACAGACAGCGACCGGACUAUGCUGUGUUCAUGUUGAAAUACUUUAUGUGCCUCCUGGUGGGUAUCACCUCAGGAGCCUGGAUCUGGUCAGGGAAAACCCUGGACUCCUGGAGGACUUUCUGCACGCGCUGCUGCUGGGGGAGUAAAGCCUCAGCGGGCUCUAUGUACAGUGACGUGAGCACGGGACUCACUUGGAGGUCCGGGACAGCCAGCUCCGUGUCCUGCCCUAAACAGAUGCCACUGUCCCGGGUUUGAGCAGGAGCAGAUGAUGGUUAUCCGCUCAAAUGCAUCUUAUGUCACUUGACUCUAAAGACCUAACACCAGCGCAAAUAUGCUCUUUGGGGGGGUGGGUAACAGACUGUUUUUAGGGUGUUUUUUGGUAAAUUAUUCGAGGUGAGUCACCAAACUGCCAGUUUAGAUGAAACUAUGGUCACGAGCACUCCCCUAAUGUGAGCAUGUGUUUGCAUUUUACGCUCCAUUCAGCUCGUAAAACUUAAGACCAGUUUGGAUUUAAACUUGUGCUCCUUUCUUGCCUUAUCCAAAUGACGUCUAUGGGUUUGAAUAGGAGAGGGGGGGUGGGUAUAGGGGAGGGGGGGCUGACUAAUUGUGUUGGGAUUGUCCGUCAGCGUGUUGUAAUUAGCACAUUAAUGAGCGCCUAAUGGCUCCUCUUUAAAUAAUGAGACUGUCAGCAGCAGAACAAUGUACCUGGCACGAAGAAUGCAGAGCCUUAUCUGAGCUUAAUUGAAUGCGUGCAGCUGACAAGAUCCCCCUUGUCGAUAGGUUAUAUGGUAUAGCUGAGGCUCUACUUUUUCUUUUUACUGUAAAGAACCGCUGUGUCUUAAACAUUAAGAUUCACAAUGAGACAGCUCUGCUUCAAUGAGGCCAUCACGCCGAGCUGCUUCUGUUCAACAGAUGAUUUAUACAUGAUUCAAUGCCUUAAUACUGUCUCAUACGGGUUGCAUUAGCGCGUAAAGUGUAUUUAUAUAAUUAUUUGUGUACAUAUAUUGUACAUUUGUAUAUGAAAAUUUACGAGAUUGUAAAUAUGUAUAAUUUCAACUUUGAUAGAAGAAUUUAUUUUGAGAAUAAAACAAGUUUUAUUGAAAUUUU